AAAAAUUGGCAUGGAACUGAUUAAAAACGAAAGAUCUCGAAAUUCGACGUAUCAAAAGAGAAAAAAAAGUUUGGAGAAAAAGUCGAAUGAAUUAUCAAUUUUAUGUCAAGUCAAGCUAUGCAUGAUUGUAUACGGUCCAAAAGAUAGCGAACCAACAAUCUGGCCCGAUAAAGAUACAGUUCUGAGCUUAAUCUACUCGUACAGAGCCCGAUCGGACGAUGAUAAGAGAUUGAGAACUCAUGAUUUAUCCUUUUACUUCAGAGACUUAACGAGAAAAGUCGAGAUCGAGUCUUCAAAAUUACGCAAAAGAAAUUUUGAGGCUAAGUAUCCAACUUGGGAUCAACACUACGAUAGUUUAUCUUCUGAUCAACUCAAACAACUUUCUGCCUUAUUGGGUGCGAAAAUAGAGUUUAUGAAGCAAAGGUUGGAACUCUUGAAAGGAACGCAGACAAUAUCAUUAGAAGACAUGCAUGCAAUGAGUUUUCUUGGAAAGCAAGUAACUCAGCCAAAUACUCAAUGUGUAAUGCAGAGUUUGGUUAGAAUAAGUAGUUUGCAACUUGAAAUUAUUGAGCAGCAACAACAACAAUUGGUGCCACCGUUGAAUUUCCCGGAGACAGAAAUUAUGCCAUUUGGGCAACAUCAGAUUAUACAACGAGAUAAUCAUCAAAGUUCGGGAAUCUCAACUGGAAUACCUCACUGCACCGGUACCGGUUAUGAGCCACAUUUAGCGAUAUUAAAUGCUAGUGGAAAUGUUAUCGAAAGUCAACGAUGUGUCACAGGGAUUUGGCCCGAGAUAAUAAUAUGUUGUUUAGCAAUAAUGUUGAUCAACAACCUCAACCAUUGUGUUAUUUUGUUCCAAUGGCGACACCUAAUAACUACUUUCAUCAGUAUCAUCCUAUGUUGCCAAAUGCUGCAACUUCUUAUCAAAUGCAUACUUCUGAGACGGAAGAGUAUUAUGAAGUGGGAGAUUUUCAACUACCAAAUUUGAAUAAGUAAUGAAGCUAUGUUCGUUUUGUUUCCUCCUCCGUUUUCUCGAGAGACGACGACGACGACAACAACAACAACAUAUCAAGUGGAGUCUGGGGAGGGUAGCGAGUACACUGACUUACUACUACCUUGUCCAGAAAAAAAUGUUGUGUUCGAUAGAGUUUCUUGUAAGAGUGAGUGGAUAAUUAAUCCGUUUUUUUAAAAAAAUAAUUAUGUGAAAGUAAGUUAUUUUAUUGUAGUUUUUGACGGGCUAGGAUUCUUUUAUGGUUGGUUACACUUUUUGUUUAUGCCAUGAAAGAAAUAGGAUAGUUUGUAAGAUCCCUUGCUUUGACCUAAGCUUUUAC